AGUGAGCAGUGUGACGGAGUAGUAGUACACAACACGGACUUUACAUGAUGCGUCCAAUUCAUCGCACCUGGACAUAUGGAAGCUGUAUAGGAUGAACCUGGACACGUUUACAGUCAGGUUCUAGUUCUAGCUACGCCUCCGCACGCCCACCGAAACAUAUAUAACACCGGCGCCCUCGUCGACCAACACGCCAAUCGCCAACUGCAAGAGGGAGUUGCUCGCCGGCACACACAAUCAGCCACGGGCCCACGGCCAUACAAUUGGUUCUUGACGUUCCACCAAGGCCUUGAUCUUGAUCGGCACAGCAAUCGGCGGCAUGGUGACAAUGGAGUUCUCGCGUGCGUACAAGAAGGCAACAGCGGCGCUAGACGAGGCGGCGAGGGCGCGGCUACGGGGCCCGUUCAUCGGCGACAUCGCGCCGUGGUCCGACCGUGCGGACGCCGACGACGAUCUGAUGGAUUUGGUCGACGAGUUCUACAACGGAUACGGCGAGCACGGCACGGACUACGGCGUCGCCACCAAGGAUGCCGUGGCGUCCCAGACCACGGAGUGGAAGGAAGCGUUGCGCUUGACGCUGGCGGAAGCGGCGGCCGACGCGGCCGCCGUACGAAUCCGCGCCGAGGCGGAGCGCAUUGUCCGAGGCGCUGGGCCGGCCGUCGUUGGCGGCGGCGGGAUCGGGAAACACCUUGUGGAGCGGCUCCGUGCGAGGGGUUACGACGCCGGUCUCUGCAGAUCGUCGUGGGAAAGAACCAGCAGCAUCCCGGCGCCGGGCACGUACGAGUACGUGGACGUGGCAGUGGGUUCGCCGCCGCUGCCGUCUCGCUACAUCGUGGAGGUCAACGUUGCAGCCGAGUUCGAGAUCGCGAGGCCGAGCGCGGAGUACCAGGACCUCCUCUCCUCCCUGCCGCCGGUGCUCGUGGCGAGGCCUGGAGCUCUGAAGGAACUCGCCGCGGCAAUGUGCGCCGCAGCGGCGGAGUCUAUCCGCGGCGCGGGCAUGCACGUGCCGCCGUGGAGGCGCGCGCCGUACGUGCAGGCCAAGUGGUCCGCGCAGUUCGAGAGAAUGGAGGCCGCGGUGCCGGUGGCGGCGACGGGGCCACGCCCUGAAGGAGGACCGAGGGCGGCAGUGCAUGCCCGGCGGCCUGGCAUGGGGAAGAAUUGCGGAAUGGAGAUGGAGAUGGGACGCCGGCAGGGGGUCAUGGGACGGGAGGCACUGGUGAGCGUCAGGCCCUUGUUCAGAGGAUUGUGAGCUGACAUGGGCAGGAUCGUGGGAGGGAAGGAUUGUUCAGGCUUCCAGAGGCCUCUUUGUUUUCCGUAGCAGUAUUCUUUUGGUCAUGGAUUGUGCACAAUUUGCACGACUCAUAUUUUGGGGGUUGAGGGUUACAAAAACCAGAUUGAACUUACUGUACAUGGCUGUACAUUCUGGAACUGAAUUUUGGUUCAUUUGAAAUGAAAUGGAACUUUACAAA